CACAGCCCUGUUUGCUCGUCACCUCGGCGACGCGGCCGAGCUGAAAGUAGCUAAAACCUUUCCCUUUUACUCAGCCAAUCGAAAAUUUAACAAGUUGCCUCGAAGCCACUGUGAAAAUGAAAAAAAUAUAUUUAGAGAGACUAACACGACAAGAACGUCGAACUUAAAAAGUGUCGACGUAUGACGCGACACGAAAGAAAGAAGGCCGCUUGCUUGUCAAUUAUCAGCUGAAUGCAUUGAAGUCAGUCAAAAAUAGUUGAAGCACUUUUUGAUGCUUGUUGGAGGGAACAUCACACUCCACGACUACGCGUUCGGAGAACUGCUCGCACGUUCUUUUUAUACGAAAGUAUUGGAACACCCAGUAGCCACACCAGCGGCGUACGACCAAGAAGAAUUCACAAGAAUCUGAAGCGUGAGCAAGCAUGCUUCCCGCACGCCGUGCCAUGCUGCUUCGGCAGAAGCAGGACCAGCUGCGUGAGCGUGCGACUGAGGGCACGCGUGAGAACGAGGCCUGUCGCGUCAACAAUUGCUGGCUACUGUCCAGCGACGCUCGCUAUGUGGGCCACACCGUCCGGAGGGACGUGGAUGACGUCAUGAUGCAGCACCGCUUCUCCGUCCACCAACGCCAACAAAGGCUCCGAGAGCUUCUGGACGAGGAGGAGCGGCAGCUUGUUCUGGCGGCUCGCCUGAACCGGGUGACCCCGCUGGAGAGGCAAACGCAGAUGCGCGAGCGAGCUAAAAGUCUAAUCGACGCCAGGGAGGCACAGCGGAGACAGGUGGUUGCACAAAAGUUGGACCAGCAGUUCAGGGAGCAGUGCCAGGAACUCCGCGAGGCCCAGACGAAGCGGCGAGUUUUGCAGAUUUCCGAGGAACGAGCGGCCCAGAUCCGCAGCCAGCAGGAGUGCGCCCUUGCCCGCCAGCGCGAGGAAGACAUGUUCCACCAGAUGUGGCAAGCGGACGCUCAUGCCAAGGAGGAGCGCGAACGGCGCGAGGCGUCCGACGCGCGGCACUGCAACCAGAUGCAGAUGGACUUUCUGUGCGAGCAAAUGGCCGCGGCCGAGCGCCUGCGGCAGCGCGAGCGCCUGGUCAGGCAGGAGGAAGCGCGGCAGGAGGAGGAGGAAAUGCAGGCUCUGCGGGAGCAAGUUCAGCGCGAGCGUCACCUCAAACGGGACAGCCAGACGGCCCGACGCCAACUGCUGGAUGAAAGUUUCCGUCUGAAGAUGGAGCGCAUGGCCAAAGAACAGGAGGAAGAGCUCCAGAUGGGCCUCAAAAUCCUACACCAGUCACAGAAAGACGAGACUCAGGCACAGCAGGAGACGGCCGACAAGCGGGCGAGCAUGAGAGAGGAGGACCUCCGCUUCCGUCAGUAUUUGGCUGAGCAGAUGAUCAAACGCAAGAAGGAUGAGGAGCAGAUGGAGCAAAUGAUGGCGGCUAAGAUGAAAGAGACGUGGGACGAACGGGAUAGACAGAACCUCCUGCAGCAGGAGGCCAGGAACCGACUGAUGAGCGAGGUCAUGGAGUCCCGACGGCUGCAGAACGUGCAGAAACAGCAUCUUGACUUUCAGAGACGCGCCGACCUCGCCAAGGAGCGAGUGGAGCUGGACGCCGCCUUCCGGGACAUGAAGCGGGCCGACGAGGAGGUGGCAAAGAGGCAGCGUCAGGCGUACACGGCGUACCAGACUGAGCUCCGGGCGCAGAUGGAGCAGCGUCAACGUGAGAGGAAGGAAAAGGAGGAAGAGGAGCUGAGGGAGCAGCAGCGGUUGGAGCAGAUGGAGCAGGAGAAGCUGGAGAAGAAAGACGAAGUUAUGGCCAGGCCCAAUGACGGCGUCCUGCACCCGUUCAGGAAAGCGGACACCGUUGAGAAGCAAGAGUGAAAAAGCUUUUUUGCGUCAAGUGCUCGCCACAAACCCUCGGGGUAGGAGUGGCCAAUGAAAUGCAAGAAGCCACAUGAAAAACUGGAAUGCUUACCGAGGUUCCGAACCAACAUGCUAACCUCAAGUUUGCUUUUAUCAUUUUUACUGUGUAGAUGUGACAUGUAAGGUUAAUAUGAAUUUGAAGCAAAGUCAU